GGUUAAUUUACUAGACUUAUCUUUUUCUAGCGGACUAUUUUCAUUUCCUUUCAUUUUCCUAUUUAAGAGCACUCUCUUUUCUUCACUGAGCACUCGCUAUCAAAACUUGAUCAAAGAUGAAAGCAUUUGUUUACUUGUACGCAUGUUGUUUUCUACUUUUUAAUACGAAAGGCCUUGCUGGACAGUGGACAGGAGGUGGACAGUCACCUCCUGAACAAGAUGCUUCGGUUGUUCGGAGCAGACUCUUACAACUUGACAAAUAUAUCCACGAACUUAUGGAACUGUUUUCGAAAUCACAAUGCUUUGAAUAUCGCCAACAACAAGCGAAAGAUUGUGCAGAACUGAAGAAAAAUGGUGUUACUAAAUCUGGUGUUUAUGAAAUUUAUCUAAGAAAUAGCAUGAAGUUCAAUAAGCCACAGCAAGUUUAUUGCGAUAUGGAAACAGAUGGAGGUGGUUGGAUAGUAAUUCAGAGAAGGGGCAAGUAUGGAAAUCCAAACGAUUAUUUCUUUAGAGAUUGGGACAGUUAUGCUAAAGGAUUUGGUAGCUUAAAUGGAGAAUUCUGGAUAGGCAACAAUUUACUGCACGAUUUAACUAACCAAGACAGUUAUUCUCUCAGAAUCGAUAUGAAAGACAUGGAAGGAGAAAGGAAGUUUGCUCAAUAUCAUAAAUUUUCAAUUGGAAGUGAAAGUGAACAGUACAAAUUAUAUGUCAGCAAUUAUAGUGGAAAUAGUGGUGAUUCAUUAUCGGGUCAUAAUGGAUUGAAAUUCACCACUAAAGAUAGAGAUAAUGAUUAUUCAGGAUACAAUUGUGCCAAUUAUUAUACAGGCGCGUGGUGGUAUUAUGCCUGCCAUUAUUCUAAUUUGAAUGGUCUUAAUCUGAAUGGUCCAUAUACUAUGUAUGGCAAAGGCAUUAACUGGUAUACCUGGAAAGGAUAUACUUAUUCAUUAUCCUUUACCGAAAUGAAAAUAAGACCUACGACUAAAUUCUAAUUUUAUACAGUACUUUAAGAUUAUCAAAGAAACACAUGCUGGAUCCAAUAAGGAAAUUUAUGAUAUACUGGUAUGAUCAAGGCAAGGUGAGUGGCCUAGAAUUACUGAUCAUUAUUAACAAUCUCAUUUUCAAAAUAUAACAUUGUGUAAACACUAUCUAUGAUGUUCAACAUUAGACUAUUUAUAAAGUUAUAAACAUAAUGAAAAAUACCAAUGCAUAAACUGCAUAAUGGCUAAUCUCACUUUAAAGUUUUGAUUGAAAUACGGCUAAUUCC